AUGAAGUUUCCCACAGUUUAUAACUCAUUUAAUAUCGAGGCUGUUAGACAAGGUGUAAACAAUAAAUCUAUUGAUAUUUUACCUACAUCUUUACAUACAUAUGAUCCGGAUGCUGGUGGCAGCAGUGAUGUUUUAUGGCUCGUGAAAUCAUAUAUUAUGGCGCCUUAUCCCGCGCCCUUAUCGAAAAGUAAAUAUUUUAUGCAGCCUUAUACCUACGAUACCGUUUUUUAUAUUCACCUACUGCUAGUAUUCUGUGCUCUGGCAGUUGCCUUUAUUCACUACAGACCACAUUAUAUCAAUGAAGUGGAUUUUACCAAAUCAAUUCUUUAUGUUCUUGCCUUAUUCCUGUAUCAGAAUCAGCUUAAUUUCAAAAUAAAAACCAAUCGCCAGAAACUAGUGUAUUCUCUAAUCUUUCUUAAUGGUUUUAUAUUCACCAAUUUGUAUAUGGCCAAAUUGUCCAGCUUAUUGGUACAAGAUAUCUACGGAACCAAAGUGGAAAAACUUGAGGAUUUAAACAAUACAAAUAUACAAUUGCUUGUACGAAAAAUGGAUUAUAAUUAUCUGCAAACACUUUCAAAUAUACCUGAAGUUAUUAUGAAAAAGGCCAUACUAAUUGAUUAUUUUGAUCUAUAUAAAGCUCAUCGUGAUUUAAAUAAUACUCAUUUAUUAAUGGCCUUACAUGAUAAAAUUAUUUUCAUAUUAUUUCAACAGCGUUUUCUUAAAGUUCCUCGCAUGUAUAGAAUCAAUGAGGUUCUCUACACCAUGCCCGAGUAUUUUACCGUACGCAGAGAUUUGCCUUAUAUUCAGCUGUUCAAUCGUUAUUUGAAAUAUGUAAUGGAAUCGGGGAUUCUUUAUAAAUUUGUGGUGGAUACUAAUUUUGAUGGCAUACAAAGUGGAGAAAUACGUUUUUUCCAUGAUACUGAGAAUAAUGGUGGUAUAUAUCUUAGUUUUGAUUAUUUCUACGCUCCUUUGAUCUGUUUUGUAUUUGGCAUGAUUUUAGCUUUAAGUGUGCUUUUGUUGGAAUUGAUUUAUUUUAAGUAUGUAAAUAAAUAG